AUGGGCAGCACAGGCACGGGCAGCAACGGGCGGCAACGGGCAGCACAGGCACGGGCAGCAACGGGCAGCAACAGGCAGCACAGGCUCGGGCAGCAACGGGCGGCAACAGGCAGCACAGGCACGGGCAGCAACGGGCGGCAACAGGCAGCACAGGCACGGGCAGCAACAGGCAGCACAGGCUCGGGCAGCAACGAGCGGCAACGGGCAGCACAGGCACGGGCAGCAACAAGCGGCAACGGGCAGCACAGGCACGGGCAGCAACAGGCAGCAACGGGCAGCACAGGCACAGGCAACAACGGGCGGCAACAGGCAGCACAGGCACGGGCAGCAACAGGCAGCACAGGCACGGGCAGCAACGGGCGGCAACAGGCAGCACAGGCACGGGCAGCAACGGGCGGCAACGGGCAGCACAGGCACGGGCAGCAACGGGCGGCAACGGGCAGCACAGGCACGGGCAGCAACGGGCGGCAACGGACAGCACAGGCACGGGCAGCAACGGGCGGCAACGGGCAGCACAGGCACGGGCAGCAACAGGCAGCAACAGGCAGCACAGGCUCGGGCAGCAACGGGCGGCAACAGGCAGCACAGGCACGGGCAGCAACGGGCGGCAACGGGCAGCACAGGCACGGGCAGCAACAGGCAGCACAGGCACGGGCAGCAACGGGCGGCAACAGGCAGCACACGCAUGGGCAGCAACGGGCGGCAACGGGCAGCACAGGCACGGGCACCAACAGGCGGCAACAGGCAGCUCAGGCACGGGCAGCAACAGGCAGCAACAGGCAGCACAGGCAGGCAGCCGUACCGAGUCCAGGAGCGGCGGCGCAUACAGCUGGGCGGCGCUGGUGCAAGGUAGGCCCGCGCGCGGCUGCAACGCUGGCGCGGGCGCAGGUGAGGCAGAGGCGGUGGCCAGGGGGGAGGGGGCCGCGACGAGUAGGAACGGCGCCCAAGGGGUGCCGCUACGAGUAG